AGUUCCCGCAGUUUUCACAUCAACUUAACCAUUUUCACAAUUUUCACUUUUUCUGUUACCUUCGUAUAAUACUAUAUUUAGUACCAUUACCCAUCACUCUUUCACCACCAAACAUCUGCACAUCCUCUCUGUUCUCUCUCUCUCUCUUUCUCACUCUCCAAGAAAACAAUCACAAAAUGUCAGUCAACCAUUACUCAAACACUCUCUCGUCGCACAAUCACCACAACGACCACAAAGAGUCUUUGUUCGAGAAGUCACUCACACCAAGCGACGUCGGAAAGCUAAACCGUUUAGUCAUACCAAAACAACACGCCGAGAGAUACCUCCCUCUCAAUAAUUGCGGCGGCGGCGACGACGUGACGGAGUCGACGGAGAAAGGGGUGCUUCUCAGCUUCGAGGAUGAGUCGGGAAAGUCUUGGAAAUUCAGAUACUCAUAUUGGAACAGUAGUCAAAGCUACGUGUUGACCAAAGGGUGGAGCAGGUACGUCAAAGACAAGCACCUCAACGCAGGGGACGUCGUUUUAUUUCAACGGCACCGUUUUGAUAUUCAUAGACUCUUCAUUGGCUGGAGGAGACGCGGAGAGACUUCUUCCUCUUCUGCCGUCUCCGCCGUGUCUCAAGAUCCUCGAGCUAACACGACGGCGUUCUGGAACGGUUUGACUACACCUUAUCGUCAAGUGCACGCGUCAACUAGUUCUUACCCCAACAACAUCCACCAAGGGUAUUCACAUUAUGGCCCUGUUGCUGAGACACCGACGGUAGUUGCAGGGAGCUCGAGGACGGUGAGGCUAUUUGGAGUUAACCUUGAAUGUCACAGUGACGUUGUCGAGCCACCACCGUGUCCUGACGCCUACAACGGCCAACACAUUUACUAUUACUCAACUCCACAUCCCAUGAAUAUCUCAUUUGCUGGAGAAGCAAUGGAGCAGGUAGGAGAUGGACGAGGUUGAUAAUCAUCCAAAAAGAAGUGACAGCCUUAGUUUUAACUUUAGAUUAUGAGCGCCUCCAUACUUGACCCAAUUGUCAUAGAUAAAACACAAAAAGGAGGAGAAUUAAUAAAUAUCCGUCAUUUAGUUA